AUGCAUGAAAACGUGGAGGCAGCGCUUUCGCUCCAGCUUCUGCAUGAAUGCUGUGACCGAGAGUGCGCCGCCUGCUUGCGCGUGCGCGCGAUCGUCGGCGCACGAAGGCGUCGGCUGAUCGAUUUGCCGACCCGUUGUUUCGGUAGGUCAAGGACGGUGUAUCUCUUCGCUGCCCUUUCGUUGUCUAAGGAGAUGGAUCCCCAAAUUAUUGACGACAUUGCAACUUCUGUAUCUAAAUGGUCUAUGUAUCCUUAUUUUGACAUCGCCCACUAUACACUUAUGAGCACUGCUGUGAGAGAAGAUAUUCCCCAGUCUGGCUCUGGUGCCUUUUCCCGAAAGCACCCAUUCGCCUGCUGGUUUGCAACCAUGCUCAUGUGCUUCGGCGGUGCCAUCCUCGGUAACUUUAUCCUCGGAGAGCCGAUUUUUUCCUGCUUUGAUGACCAUCGCGCCGUGCUUACCGCUACAGCUGUCUGGUACCUAAUCAACUACUCGCCUUUUGACGUGGUCUACAAAAUCUAUUCACUUUUUUCUGUCCGUCUGCUCGUCUGUGCCAUGAAGGAGGUGCAGCGAUCGAAGAAAAUCUCCCUUGGUGUCUCUCAUGCCUACCAUGACUACCCACACAGCGCUGUUACCUGCAUUCUGGUCGGCCUCCUCAAAGGUACAGGUUAUUUGGAAAUGAAGAUAUUCGCCAGACUUGUGCGCGGUGUCUGGCUGCCUGCGUCGACCGAAUUUCUUCAUCCUAGUUUCACGACCAAAAUCUCGCUUCUCUCUGCAAUCGUCUUCUACUAUGAUCUCCUGGACCUGAUCCCCCUUUCUCGACAUCAGCUCUUUCUCGCUGUUGUUGGGGUUCUUGUCUACAUGCGGGUUGCCAUGCUCUGCCUUGGUCUAAAGGAUCCCUUCGCUCCUAUCCAAAACCUUAUCUGCACAAUUUUUUUUGGCGGUGUCGUUGAUGCUCUAAAAGCGGCCGUGACCCGUCGCAAGAGCGAUGACUCAUCUGAGACAGUAGCGACCAAUCCAAAUGUUAUCGCACCCAAUACAGGCGUGGGAGUUCCCCAAGACGGCUACAGUGGGUCGUCAGGCGGUGGGGGUGUCAAAGAGAGCUCUGGUGCGACGAUACUUCGUCGGAAUAACCCACCAAAUGCGCCCCACAAUGCAGAUAAGAAGAGGGACUGA